CUUUAACACGUUAAUUACGAUUAAUUAAUUACAAAAAAAUGCAUUCAAGUGUUUUAAUUGCAAUUAAUCGCUUUAAUUUAAUUUCAUUCAACAGUUUGCUCUCCAGACAACAGGGAGUGCAGCAGUUCCUGCCCCACUGAUCCCACUGAUGCACCAGAAAAUUGAAAUUCUUGUACAAAUAUUUUCAAGAUUUGCCACAAGGAGCCACAUUUUGCAAUGUGAAUGAAUUUGGUAUAUUAAUGAAACUAAUGAUGGAGCCAUACAUACAUUUAAACAAUAAAAUGUUUGUUUUGCAUCAGUUUGACAAUAGCACAAUAAAUCACCGUGGUGCCUGUAUUCAAGUUUUUGUAUCACCUUAAACUAAGGCUUGAAAGUAUUUGUAUAAAAAAUUCAAUUUCAUAAGAAUUGAAGGGUUUAAUAAGUCCAUCCAGAGUAGUGGAAACCCUGGCCAUUGUGUAGUGAAAAACCUCCUUGAACAAAAGCAAACAGAUGCUUUUGUUCAGGGAUGAUUCUUCCAUGUUUGUUGUUGUUGUUCUCAUCCUAGCUGCCACGUGUCUUGUGCAUCAGUGAUAUAGCUUUGUGACAUGGACAACGGUGCAGGUCGCUAGCGUGAUAAAAACAGUAACUCAUAGUAGUUUGUUACACUUAUUUGUGCCAUAAAAUCGAAUUACAACGUUCACUUUCUGCGUGAACCGCACAUGUUUAUCAGCCCCUGUAUUGGCUCCCAGUGAGGCGUCAGAAAGGAGAACUCCAAUUCCCAGAGGCCCCCGCCGCCCUGCGCCUGCGCUCUGCGCAGCGGCAGCUGUGUGUAGUCACGUGGAGACGGUCCACCUCGGUCAGCCAGUCCAGCUCGGUGCUACACUGCUCCAUGGUGUGUUUUUAGCCUCGCGUCCCUCCAAACGUGACCACCUUGUCGAAGAAUGAGCGAUAACGAUGACAUCGAAGUCGACAGUGACGUGAGUACGACCUCCUGGGUGUUGGUUUUCCUCCAUGUUGUCCUGCUUGGCUGGCGGAUGGUAGCCGCUUCAUGCUAGCGUUAGCCGCCAGUAAGCCUCCAGUGUGUGCUCGGUGUUAUUGACGCCGCCUGUAGCUUCGCUUGCUCAUCCUCACCACACACACACACACAUAUAUAUAUACACGCUCACAUGCUCUUUAGCUCUAGUGAUUUCAGCGAAACAGUCAGAUCUGUCGGCUACAAUUGUACUUUUUGUUCUGUUUUUUUGCAGGAAGAAUCACCGAGAUAUCACUCUGUGGCAGACAAACGGGCUCACCACAAUGCUCUGGAGCGCAAGCGUAGGGAUCACAUCAAAGACAGCUUCCACAGCCUGCGGGACUCGGUGCCCGCCCUGCAGGGAGAAAAGCAGUCUACCAAACAGGCGUCUCGAGCUCAGAUCCUAGACAAAGCCACAGAGUACAUCCAAUACAUGCGGAGGAAAAACCUCACGCACCAGCAGGACAUCGACGACCUCAAGAGGCAGAACGCGCUACUGGAGCAGCAAGUCCGCGCCCUGGAGAAGGUGAAGGGUUCAGCGCAGCUGCAGACCAACUACUCGUCCUCGGACAGCAGCCUAUACACCAACCCCAAAGGCAGCGCCGUGUCGGCCUUCGACGGCGGCUCCGACUCCAGCUCCGAGUCAGAGCCCGAGGAGCCGCCCAGCAGGAAGAAGCCGCGUGUGGAGGCCAGCUAGAGACCCGCAGGGCCCUCGCACGGGCCGACCCACCGAGGUGGCGCGGGAGGGGCACCCGAGAGGAGACGCUCCUGAGGCCCGGUGCCGGAGACCCCUCGCUGCUCCUGCUCUCUGCUGGAGCUCCACGUGCUGAGAUGACUGCACUUCAGGAGAGCUUCAGGUUUCCCUCCUCAGCCCCCCCACCCCCUCCACGAAAGAGGCAGCUCGGCUACUCAAGGACUCGACCCCCCCUUCCCCCCCAGCGUAGCCCCUCCUCCUCCUGUCGUCUUGUUUUCUGGAGGUUCUCCUCUGAGCACUGUUUUGAUUUGUUACUCAGUUAGCACCCCUCCACCCCCACCCCACGAACGAAUGUGAACGAAGCCACCUCAGGCCCCACCGCAGCGUUUUCUGCCGCCACGCAUUUCGUACGAAGGAAAUGUGGUUUUGUUGAAUCAUUGUUUUUGAGUAUUCCUGAAGUCGUGUGGUGUCCUGUCCUCUUAGCUCGACGUAGAAUGACUCCAUUAAAAAAAAAGAGAGAGAGAGACGCCGUGAUUGGAUGUUUGCUAAAAUAGUUUUGUAGUGGCCAAGACGUCGAGUCACUCGUAGGGUCGAACGUAGAUAUUGUCAGCAGCUAGCUCCCGUCUCAAGAACCGAGUCAUGUGAUGUGCUUUACAUAUUCUGCCCCGCCCCCUCCCUGCGUGGGGAAAAAAAGGAAGCGUUUUGCGUGUUUAGGAAAUUUGUGUUUGUAUAUUGUUUCCAAUCUCACUUGGGAGGACACGAAUCGCUACCAUGUCCGCUUCCAUUCCGUGGAACUUACGAGUAUGUUGUACAUACUGCCAACUAUUGUCUUGCAAGUUGAGGCCGACCUUUACUAUGAGACUAUAAAUAAACUAUUUUAUCCUUUCAACGCAUCACUUCCUGUUUCCACAAGUUCCAACAGGAGUGACGCUCAAAAUAUCCGUCUGCUGCCCGGCGUCACUUCUACUGUAGUGUUUGCGUCUUUGCUGAAAUAUUGGUUUUUAACCUCUGCCGAGUGGCUGUUUACGGUUAGCGCUGUAUUGCUCCACACAUGUUCGAGUUAUCUCAGGCACAACCUCCCAGGGAUGGUAAGACCUGGCAUCCUGGUGCUUCUGUUUCCUCCAAAUAUUUUGGACCAUUUUUUAGGUUUUUGAUCUUGGCAUGAUUUUGUUUGUCUCCGUUAUUUGUUCAGUUAUUGUCUAUGUAUUGUUUCCAGCGCGUUGUCACGGAUAAAUGUCUUUAAUAUCGUGGUAAUUCACUAGUAUUUUAACUUCAGUUCUGACAUUUUCCCCUCAAUGUUUGUUGCUUUUCCUGGGUUUCUGUUCUGUGUGAUCAUGUUUAUUUUACUCAGUCAAAAAUCAUGAGUGUUUUUGUAUUUUUUUAUUUCUUAAUUUUGGUCUUGUCUCCUGUCAUGUGACUUAUACCAUGGUGAUUAUUUUUGUGUGUCAGGUGGAAUUUUUUUUUUUUUUAUUGAUUCCCAUCUUCAUCGGGAAGUUGAAUGACGAGUGGAUCAGGAAGAGAAGUGUGUGGUUUUGUUAGAUUAAAAACCUUUUGACUAACUAAACUGAAAGUUUACAAAUGCAAGUGGAUCCUGUUUGAAACAAGUCUGGUGGCGCCUCCAUCAGGAUGAGUCAUCAGUCAGAGACCUGGGGUGGAGCAGCGGUUGAGGGAUGGCACGAUCACUCAAGCAGAAGUUGUCAAGAAGCCAAGACCGAAAUAUAACAAAAGCUUUCAUAAACAUUUAUUAACUUAUUUCUGAGAAAAGCAGGGACCUGACUGAGAAACUGUGCGCCGGUGACCUCACUUCCUGCUGCCGCUCCUGAGCACGGCGCACAGAUCGGGUCCCCCGACGUUAUUUAGCAGUCGGUUCUGAUGGACCUGCGGCGUUGUCUGGAACCGGCAGCCGAUGGAAGUGUUGCAGAGCCAGAGCCACUUUUUCUGGACAGAUGUUGUAGACGGGGUGAGUGGGGGCCUGGAGGAGACCACAGGAGCAUGAGGACCACCUGACUCCAACAUCAGGUACCAGCCCAGCACUUCCUAUCAAACUGCCACGUGAAUGGAAGUCAGAACAGGCUUGCGUCCAGGACUCACCAACCGGUUCUCGUCUCGGCCCAGAAUGGUCUCAUGGUGGAGGUCUGAGUUCCCGAAGUGUUGUGCGAUGGAGAGACCACUAAGGCAGUAGCAGGUGUGGUAGAAGUCCCUGGACCUGGAGCAGAAGAGGCAAGAGAGAAGCGGGUGGGUGAGAGCGCGCAAAUGUGUUUCUGAGAGCCGUGUGUCUUAGUUGACAGCUCUGCGGUCAACCUACUUGCUGGGCUUGUCCAGCAGACCUCCAGCCGGGUUCUGGCAGCAGAGCAGGAUGUACUCCUGAAGAGCCUGCUGCUCGAACAUCCACUUCUGCCGACUCAGCGCCGUCUCACCUGCAGCACGACAGUGGCUGGUUACUCAGUCGCCUUGCAUGAACCUACCAGACCAGUGCACGUGCGUGCAUGCGUGCCUUCUUUGAAGAGU